AUGGGGCGGCGGGGAGCUGGGAGGCGGGAGCUGCCGUCGCGGAGCCCCGCCGGGAGCAUGGCUCUCGCCGCGUCGCUGCUGCCACCGCUGCUGCUGCUGUUGGGGCGGCCGGGGCUGGCGGCGCCGGGGCAGGGCGCGGGCACCUGGUCCCGCUUCGCCCGGCUGCCCUACCCGCAGGACCAGCUCUUCCUCCACGACACCUUCCCCGACGGCUUUCUCUGGGGCGCGGGCAGCGCCGCCUACCAGACGGAGGGCGGCUGGCGCCAGGGCGGCAAGGGCGCCUCCGUCUGGGACACCUUCGCCCACCGCCCGGCCACGCCGUCGGGGGCCGCCCCGCCGGGGCCCGUGGGCGGCGACGUGGCCAGCGACAGCUACAACAACCUGUUCCGCGACGUCGAGGGGCUGCGGCGGCUGGGGGUCUCGCACUACCGCUUCUCGCUGUCCUGGGCCCGGCUGCUGCCCAACGGGACGGCGCCGCCCAACCCCGCCGGGCUGGCGCACUACGGGCGGCUGCUGGCCCGCCUGCGGGAGCUGGGCGUCGAGCCCGUGGUCACCCUCUACCACUGGGACCUGCCGCAGGCCCUGCAGGACGCCUUCGGCGGCUGGGCCAGCCCCGUCCUGCCCCGGCUCUUCCGCGACUACGCCGAGCUGUGCUUCCGGCACUUCGGCGGGCAGGUGCGCUACUGGCUGACCAUGGACAACCCCUACGUGGUGGCCUGGCACGGCUACGGCACGGGGCGGCUGCCGCCCGGCGUGCGGGGAGGCCCGCGCCUGGGCUACCUGGCGGCCCACCACCUGCUGCAGGCCCAUGCUAAGGUCUGGCAUCUCUACAAUGACCAUUUCCGUCCAGCUCAGAGAGGAAAAGUGUCCAUUGCCCUUAGCUCCCACUGGAUAAAACCCCAGCGUAUGACUGAAAAGAACAUAAGAGAAUGCCAAAAAUCCCUUGAUUUUGUGCUUGGCUGGUUUGCUAAGCCCAUAUUUAUUGAUGGUGACUAUCCAGAAAGCAUGAGGAGCAACCUCUCAUCUCUGUUGCCUGAAUUCAGUGAGGCUGAGAAGAAGUAUAUCAAGGGAACAGCAGACUUCUUUGCUCUUUCUUUUGGAGCUACCCUGAGUUUCCAGCUUUUGGACUCCCACAUGAAAUUCCAGCAGUUGGAAUCAAUAAGCCUGAGGCAGCUCCUUUACUGGAUAAACAGUGAAUAUAACAACCCCCAAAUAUUCAUUGUGGAGAACAGCUGGUUUGUUUCUGGUACCACCAAGAAAGAUGAUGCCAAAUAUAUUUACUAUCUCAAAAAGUUCAUUAUGGAAACUUUAAAAGCUAUCCGGUAUGAUGGAGUUAACGUGUUUGGCUACACAGUCUGGUCCCUCCUGGAUGGCUUUGAGUGGCAUAGGGGGUACAGCAUUCGACGUGGACUGUUUUAUGUUGAUUUUCAAAGCCAUGACAAGAAGUUGAUGCCCAAAUCUUCUGUCUUGUUCUAUCAAAAGCUGAUAGAAAAAAAUGGCUUUCCACCUUUGCCUGAAAACCAGCCCAUAGACGGUAUUUUUCCCUGUGGCUUUGCUUGGGGAAUUGUUGACAACUACAUUCAGGUAGACACGACACCUGCCCAGUUCCUUGACUCCAGUGUUUAUGUGUGGGAUGUUCACCAGACAAAGAAGCUCAUUAAAGUGGAUGGAGUUUACGCCUCGAAGCGCCAGCGUCACUGUGUUGACUUUGCUGCUAUCAGGCUCCAAGUCUCUCUUCUGCAAGAAAUGCAUGUCACACACUUCCAUUUUUCACUGAAAUGGUCUUUAAUCCUUCCUUUGGGCAACCUUUCUCUAAUCAACCACACACUUGUACAUUACUAUCAGUGUUUUGCUAGUGAACUUCUCAGGGUUAACAUAACUCCUGUUGUUGCUUUAUGGCAACCUAUGAUUGAGAAUCAAGAGCUUCCAGUUUCUCUUGCCAAAUAUGGAGCUUGGGAAAACACAGAAACUGUUCAGGCUUUUGUUGAGUAUGCCAGAUUCUGCUUUACAAGUCUUGGGGACCAUGUCAAAUUUUGGAUCACCAUGAAUGAACCAUCUGUGAAAAACCUGACAUACACAGCAGGGCACAACCUGUUGAAAGCCCAUGCAAAAGUUUGGCAUCUUUAUGACAAAGAAUUCAGGAGAUCUCAGAAGGGCAAAAUAUCUAUAGCUUUGCAAGCUGACUGGAUAGAACCAGCUUGCCCCUUUUCCAGGAAAGACCAAGAAGUUGCUGACAGAAUUUUAGAGUUUGACAUUGGCUGGCUUGCAGAGCCCAUCUUUGGGAAUGGAGACUAUCCAGAGGUGAUGAGAGCGUGGCUUCACCGAAUGAACAGUGUUGACCUGUAUAAUUUCCACUUGCCUUACUUCUCAGAAGAUGAAAAGAAGUUAAUACGGGGCUCAUUUGAUUUUUUUGCCUUGAGUCACUACACUACUACCCUUGUGGGCUCAGAGAAAGAAGAUGCAGUAAAAUAUGACCACUACCUUGAAGUUCAAAUGAUCAGUGACAUCACGUGGCUUCACUCUCCCAGCAGAGCUGCAGUAGUGCCCUGGGGACUGCGUAAAUUGCUCAAGUGGGUGAAAUCAAAGUAUGGCAAUGUCCCAAUUUAUGUUAUGGCUAAUGGGAUUGAUGAUGACCAGAAUAUGGUGCAUGAUAAGCUCAGAGUGUAUUACAUACAGAAUUACAUCAAUGAAGCUUUAAAAGCUUACACCUUGGAUGAUGUCAACCUUCAAGGAUAUUUUGUCUAUUCUUUUAAUGACAAGACUGCUCCUAAGUAUGGUCUCUACAGCUACGUUGCAAAUCAAUAUGAACCAAAGCCUUCUCUGAAACAUUACAGAGAAAUAAUUGGCAAUAAUGGUUUUCCUGGUCCUGAAACUCCUGAGUUACUGUGUCCAGAAGAGGUUGCCUCAUGUCCCGAUUGCCACUUCUUCAGAACGAGAAAAUCAUUAUUAGCCUUUAUCUCUUUUGUAUUUGUUGCGUUUAUUGUUACUAUAUUCUUCAUUACUUACUACUCCAAGAGGGUAGAAAGACGGUAUAAAUAGAGCUUCUCCUCUGAAUGCAUCACUCAGUGUUGUUUUUCUUGCAACCCCUUGGGAAAUCUGGAAUAAAAAUGCACAAUGCUGUGAUUGCUUCAGCAUUAGGAAGGCAUUUACACUCGAUACUGCAGGAUAUUGACAUUGAGAAGCUAUUGCUUGCAUAUGGCUUCCAGAAAUCAUUUUCUCUGUUAUAGUACCUUUAUAACCAGUCUUUGAUUCCUGUGGUUGGAGUUGUCUCACAACUUUCCCUGGGACCUUUUGUUAAGCAGAUGCUUUCCCCCUCUUGGAUUUCCUUUGCUGAACUGUACAGGUGAAAGUAGGUUUUGAAAACAUAGUGUGGUGGAAGAGCCUACAUGUCAAAUUCUCCAAGACUGGGGUGAAACAAGAAUUUACUUUUCCAAAUUAGGGUUUAACACUAAUGUUUCUUAACCAGAGCAAGAACCUAACUGGAGAAGGGAUCAUGACUGAGAAGAAAGAUGGAGAAGAAUUGCAAAAAGCAGUGCCUGGGGAAAGAUUAACCCCUGCCCUAAAGCAGAUGCAGGAGGAAGAACAGGAGGAAAUGAGUCUGUACUGCUGGGAGCUCUUGGUAAAUCAGUAACUGGUACUGUGACUACAUCUGAGUUCAGGAUGCCACUGGAGAACUUCAGUUAAAGGAACUGUGUCAUUCUCAGGGGGGUAAGAAGCAGGGAUGGAUAUAUCCAGGGAUUGCAGGGGUCAUGCUAUCUACUGGGAAGAGAUGGGAAGGGUGAAAGGGCUGCCCUUUGUUUUGCUCAGUAAAAAAAAAGGCAAAGAGCAGGAACUGGGAUUUCUUCACAGUCUCAGUUGGCAGGAAGCUGUGUGCCUGACCCCAUGCCUCUUGCCCUGCACCCAGGGACAUGGCACACCUGGGACAUCCCAUUUCUGCACUGCUCACAGCUGGUUGAGUUCAGCUGCCACUGCUGCUGCCUGGCUACCUGCUGGAAAUUUGUGGUAACUUAGCAGGGAUGGUCUCUGCUGUUUGUGUUCAGUGCAGAGACUUUAAAAGCCAGCAUUUUGGUGUAAUAGUGCAGCACUUUAUUGCUGCCAGGGUCUGAGAUUGUGGAGCUGUUGGGCCAAACCUCUCACAGGUUGGCUGGAAGUUCUCCUUUGAGCAACUUGACCUGGCAGCAUUUUAUCCUAAAGUAUUACUGGAUGUCUGAGGGCCUCUUGUUAUUCUCUCAGCAAGAUAAAAUAGCAGAAUGUUAGCACCAUUGUUUACUAGUAGAAAUAGAGAGAGAAUGGGAAAGAAACCUAUGUCAUUUUGUCUGCCUUGUGAAUUUCUGCAUUCAGAGUGUCCUCUAUGUAAAGCAGUACGGUCAUUUUGUCUGCUCUCUAACUCUUGGCCUGCAUUGCCUUCAGCUGUAAUUGUAUUUUUAUUGUUAUGUGAACAAUGUCACUCACUGGAAAGAACAUUUUAAAAGAAAUAUGCUCUGUGUUAAUCAAGAAUUAUUUAUCUACUAAAGCUGAUUAUGUUGUAUUAAAUGUGAUGUUUAUCUACUAGAUUACUAGAAGAUAACUAAAUAACCUCCAGGGCUCUUUUCAGCCUGAACACUUUAUGAUUCUAUACUGUAUAUUAAAACUUACAUAUGAAAUAUGAUUUUAAUUUGUAACUUAAGAUUCUAUUUUUUCUUAAAUAAUGUAUAGAAAAAAAAAUAGUGUCUUCUCAUAAUGAUUAAUAUAUUUUUCUUCCAGUUCUAGUCUUUAA